AUGGCAUUAGAAUGGGUGGUUCUAGGCUACACCGCGGCAGCUAAAGCCAUCAUGAUCCUCCUCCUCACCCUCCUAUGCCUCCACUCCUUCCGCAAAGACCUGAUUGCCCUCACCACCAGCCUCCUAAAACUCUUCAUCUCUGUUGUCCCCUUAUGCCUCUUCCUCUUAGCCGACAUCUACUGGAAGUACCAAACCAAGCCUAGCUACCACUCACAUGAUUGCUCCCCCUCCGAACACCUCCGCCACUAGAAAUCCAUCAUGAAGAGCCAGCGUAGCCUUCUCAUUGCUUCUGCGCUUGAUUUUUACUGGAUUUUGUACUCCGUUACGAAACUUGUUGUGUGUGUGGAGGAGUUGAGUCAGCGGAUUCAGAAGCUGAAGAAUAAGGAGUGAUUGAGUAGGUAUUGUUGUUGAUUAUUGUUCUAAUUGAGGCUUUUAUGUGUUCUA